AGAGGGAGAGAGAGAGCGCGUGAGAGCGUACCGGCAGUGAAAAGCAGUGAUAAACGAGAUCACUGCAGGUGUGAUCACUGGUGUGCUUGAGAGUAUGUUAAGUAUUAGUCUUUGGAGUGUAUAUAAAAGAACAGAUUUGUUACUGAAUGAAGACAAAAGCACUGCUCUCCUAAAUCAACAGCCUUGAAAGACAAACACCAUUCAUAAGACCCAACAAACAUCUAAGGAGCUCAGCUCAGCAAUACCUGCUUGCUAUGUCUGUCUGUCUCCCUCCCUCUGACCCUCAGCAUAGCUGGAUCAAGUCAAUCAAAUUCAGAUGGACAACUGGAAAUAUUAAUGUUGUCCUGAUUCUAAGACAGAACCCCUAGAGGACCCCUUUUCAGGAAGCUUGUGUAGGCUUUCACCCAUUUGCAGCUCUUUAAGGAAUACCUAUUAAUGAAAGACAUUGUGUGAGGUCAUUUGGAGCAGGAAAAGCACUCAGGAGCACACAGAGUCUGUGUUAUUUUUCUCCAGGGAUUAACACUUUUGUUAGUGCACUGAAGGUGCAAACAUUUGACCCUGACCUGGAGAAGAUGCUGGGCUACAAGGUCCACAACAUCUCGCUAAACUGCAAUGAAAGCAUGGAAUCCUUAACGAUCAGCAAUCUCUCAAAUCUGGAGGCAUGGUUUUGUGUGAGCCAGGGACUGGAACUCGGGCAGAAGAAGAACUGGGUAGCACUGUUGAUCAUGUUAAUCGUGGUCAUCACCAUCACAGGGAACAUCCUGGUCAUCAUGGCUGUCACAAUGGAGCGAAAACUGCAGAAUGCCACCAACUACUUCUUCAUGUCACUGGCUGUAGCUGACAUGCUGUUGGGUUUCCUCAUCAUGCCCAUUUCCAUGGUGACUAUCUUGUAUGGAUACUCGUGGCCAUUCCCAGACAUCCUGUGCCCAUUGUGGAUCUACCUCGAUGUGCUGUUGUCCACAGCAUCCAUCAUGCAUCUGUGUGCAAUCUCGGUAGAUCGCUACAUUGCUAUCCGCAAUCCAAUAGCCCACAGCCGUGCCAAGUCUCCAUGGCGUGCCCGUGCCAAGAUCACUGCAGUCUGGACCAUCUCUGCCAGUAUCUCCAUGCCCAUUCCGGUCAUAGGCCUCCAAGACCACACAAAAGUGUUCAAAGAAGAAAGCUGCUUUCUGACUGACAGUUCAUUUGUACUUAUCGGCUCCUUUAUGGCCUUCUUCAUGCCAUUGACCAUCAUGGUGGUAACAUACUUCCUGACCAUAAAUGCCCUCCAGAGUGAAGCUACACUUUGCUUGGACCAGUUGGUGCCACGACCCAGGUGGAAUAGUAGUUUGGCACUGAGCUUUCUCCCUAAUGAUAAGAAGCUGUUUCUGCGGCGCUCGUUGACCCUCAGCAAUGAACAGAAGGCAUCUAAAGUACUGGGCAUUGUCUUUAUUCUUUUUGUUGUUAUGUGGGGCCCGUUUUUUGUUACCAACGUCUUGGUGGCUCUCUGUGACUCCACCAUCUGCCACAAUGCCAUCAUCAAUGUGCUCCAUAAUGUUUUUGUGUGGGUUGGAUACCUGUCAUCAGCGGUGAAUCCACUGGUGUACACUCUCUUCAAUAAAACAUAUCGUUCUGCCUUUGCUAGAUAUAUGAGAUGUAAGUAUAGAGAGGAGAGAAAACCACUGAGGCUUAUUCUAGUUAACACUAUCCCUCCGUUAGCAUAUCAGUCAGUGCUAGCUGACGCUCUGGGAGAAUUCUCCUCACCACUUUCAAGUAAAAAGCCACAACCUUGUAAAAGAAUCCCUGAGGAAAGUGUUACUUGUGUGUGAACACAGUGUUGUUUGGUUUUUCUGAUACAUUAGAGCAGUGGUCCCCAACCCCCGGGCCGCGGACCAGCACCGGUCCGUGGACCAAACGGUACCGGGCCGCCCAAGGAACAUUCAAUUAUUUCCAUUUUA